GUAAGAACUGUUGGAGUGUGACUUACACCCAUCAGAGGAUCUGUGCCUUGAAGGGGUCAACAGUGGACAUAUCCUGCUCUUACACAUAUCCCAGUUAUCAUGAGAUCAAAAAAGCUUUCUGGUUUACUAAAUGGUCUGGUAUGGAUCCUGAAGAUCUGAGCUCAGUGCCAGGGUAUGAGGGUCAUAUUGAGUACCUUGGGGAUAAGAAGAGUAACUGUACCCUGAGAAUCACAGACCUGAGAUUGAGUGACUCUGCUGCGUACAGGUUCAGAUUGAUAACAUCCGGAGGAAAGUUUGCUGGCUCACCUGUCUCCCUGACUGUCACAGAUGUUGUGUUGGAGAUGGAUCCUACAUCUGUGUCAGAGAGGGAGAAUGUCACACUGACAUGUAGAACCAAAUGUACACUGGACCCCAUCACAGCCUACAGUUGGUAUAAGAAUGGACAGCCUAUACCAAACAGCAACACCUCCUCUCCUGUCUAUAGCCUAUUCUCAGUCAGCAGUGAGGAUGCAGGCAGAUACUCCUGUGCUGUAGAAGGCCAUGAGGAUCUCCCCUCUCCUGAAGAGACUCUCACUGUCACAUAUAAACCAAAGAACACCUCAGUGUCAGUCAGUCCCUCUGAUGAAAUAGUGGAGGGCAGUUCAGUGACUCUGACCUGCAGCAGUGAUGCCAACCCACCUGUGGACAAAUACACCUGGUACAAGAAGAACGUAACCUCACCAAAAGCAUCAGGACAGAGUUACAGCAUCAUAAACUUCAGCUCUGAGGACAGUGGAGAAUACUACUGUGAGGCUGAGAAUAAAAUAGGAUCUAUAAACUCUACAGCUCUGAUGAUCACCGUAGCAGGUCUGCAGGUGGAGGUGACUCCUGCCACAGAGAAAGGUAAGGUGACACUGACCUGUAGCACCACCUGUACUCUGACUGACAACCUCAACUCCACCUACAUCUGGAGGAUCUCAGCUCUCCUGCAGUGUGAGUACAGUACAGUAGUACGCUUUUUUUUACUCAUUGUUAAUUUAACUUUGACUAUAUCCACUGUGUUUAACAUCAGUGAAAACGUAGAACAUCGUGGCAUCAGUCCAUCUGGUGAAAUAGUGGAGGGCAGUUCAGUGACUCUGACCUGCAGCAGUGAUGCCAACCCACCUGUGGACAAAUACACCUGGUACAAGAAGAACGGAGCGUCACUGAAAGGAUCUGAAAACACCUUCCUCAUCACCUCCAUCAGCUCUGAGGACAGAGGAGAAUACUACUGUGAGGCUGAGAAUGAAUAUGGAGGGCUCAACUCUUCUUCUUUGUCUGUGGACAUUCAGUGUAAGUACACCUAACCAUCACAUAUUUUGAUGAGAGAAUCACACAUAUUUAUAUUUCACUCAUACAAUCAUACAUCCAAGUUCCAUGAUGCUUCUCAUGUAAAACACUGUUUUAAAACACUGUAUUGUUACAUAUUGUCCACCAGAUGGAGGGCAGUUCAGUGACUCUGACCUGCAGCAGUGAUGCCAACCCACCUGUGGACAAAUACACCUGGUACAAGAAGAAUGUAACCUCACCAAAAGCAUCAGGACAGAGAUACAACAUCACUAACAUCAGCUCUGAGGACAGUGGAGAAUACUACUGUGAGGCUGAGAAUAAAUAUGGACGCCUCAACUCUUCUUCUGUGCCUGCAGACUUUCAAUGUAAGUACACCUACCUAACCUUUGCAUGCUCAUUGGAGAAACACACAGACAGAUUAACAAUAAUAAUGAGUCAAAUUAGCAAUGUUAUAUAAAAACAACAUCACAACAUCAACGCUGAAG